AUGCCUCGUGUCAGAAAAAAAGUGAAAUCAUCUCGUAAGAAUAUUAAAAUAGCAAAUAGAGCACGUCUUUUUCAAUCAAAAACUGUUUCCACUUCUGAAAUAAUUAAUUUAAAUACUUUCUUAGAGGAAGAACCUGAAUCUGAUCUUGACAAUGAAAUUUUUAGUUUUGGUGCAUCAGAUUUAAAUGACGAAAAUAUUGCACUUGAACUUUUUAACAAACUUUUUAUUAAUGAAAAUCAGUUAAUUCAAAAAAAGAGAGUUUAUUAUACUGGACUUUCCUCACGUACAAAUAGAAGAAAAAAUCAAAAACUUCGUGAAGCAGCUGUUGGAACAGCACAAAUUUCUAAAUUUUUUAUUUUAUGUAAUCAACAAGAAACAAAUUCUUCUUUAUUAAUUCAAAAUGAACAAUCUAACAAAAAUAAUGAAGAAAUCUUGAAUACAUCAAUACAAAAUGAUAAUAAUGAAGAUAAAAUUGAGAAUGCAAUUAAAUUUAUUGAAAAUAUUCUUUUAGAGAAUAUUUCCAAUACGGUUGCCAGAAUUCAUAAAGGAGAUCAAUAUCAUGCACGUUGUAUUCGGAAAUGGGCAAAAAUAUGUUUAGAAGGUAAACAUAUUCCAAUUAAUAAAGGAAAAUUUUCAUCACGAAGCUUACUUAAUGAUGAGCUUAUCUCAUUCCCAAGAGUUACCAUGAUAUUGGGUGCAAAUUGUGAUGGAUACUGGAAUGGAGAAAAAUUAGUUGCACAAUUACCUGAUGUUUUGGUAGCAAGUAAAAUGAAUAAGGGACCAGGAGGUAUACAACCAAUUAUGCGUGAUAUAUUUUGA